AGAGACGGAGGGCGAGCAUGAAGGAACGCUUUGACGACCUGAUAAAGACUGUCCCACUGUGUAAUUCUCGCACGAGAAAAGUGGCGAUACUUACCAAGACGGUAAACUACAUAAAGCACCUGCGACAGGAAUUAGAUACAAUAACAAACGACAACUACAGACUGGCCGAAACACUGCGCCUGCGAGGGGUGCCUACAAACUCCAAUCCCGGUAACUAUGGCAAUCCGGGUACGCAACCACGAAGCCCGUACAGGGGCAAUGCUUUGGUGUCGACGAGUACGGACAGAUAUCCACCUCCGAAUGUAUCACGCGGUGGCCAUAGGGCUCUGUCACCAGAGCCUUCGUUAUACAACAUGAACGGUAGCAAACUGGCCUUCAACUUCUCCAUGGACAAUCAAUCUAUCAACGCACCAUCAGGCCAUGCACAGCGACCCGUUCCCACGUCGCCAUCAGUGCACAACCAGAGCUACGACAGCUUCAGCCCAGGAGUGUUUGGGAAUGGUAUGGGCAACCUGAACAACAUGAACGUCAGUUUAAACAGUAUCAACGAGAUGGGUAUGGCGAAACUCGGGGGCGGGCCGAAGGGAGGCCUAAUGCCGCAGCAAAGCCUCCAGUCCCCUAAUCUUUACAAAGGUGAUCUGCACAGGAAUCUGGCGGGUCCAGGGUUGAUCCAUUCGAUCAGUGUGCCAGAUUUGCAAUCGAUGAACAAACACCGCGCACAAGUGUCGAGCAACAACUUCAUGGAAAUGAACAUGAACGGCAACAACGCAUUCCCACAGCAGCAGCAGCAGCAACACAGCGCACGCGCGAACAACACCAUGUCACAUAUGAACAGUGCCCACGGGGACAACACCCUGGCACAUAUGAACAGCGCUCCCGGCAAUAACUCGUUAACGCCCAUGAACAGUGGACAGGGAGAUAACUCCUUAGCACACAUGAACAGUGCACGCGGGGAUAAUACCUUGUCGCAUAUGAACACCAUGCAAUCCGUGAUAAAUGGGGAUGACCGGUUUUCCGCACAGCGGCAGGAGUCUUUCUCGUCGUCGCAGCUACCGCUGAACUUUGGGUUCUCAUCCGAUGCGUUAUUCCCAGGAAAUACCUUCAAUGUUAUGGGAACAAAGGGCAAUUUAGAGGCCAUGGACGAAUAAAUUUUUUGUAACCAGAGCGUAAG